AUGUCAGGCGGAGGCAACUAUGGCGGAUACUAUUAUGGCGCUCCAUAUGGUCAGCAGAACCCCUAUUCCAAUCUACAGUAUCCGACCUCGAGCACGAGAACCAAUGUCCCCGGCCAGACUCCCAGCCAAGGCAGCUCAUCAGGGUCUCCGUAUCAGCCAGGUCAUCCGUCUUCGCAGCCAGGCCCAAGUUCCGGUGGGCAGCAAGGAUAUCUAUCUCCAGGAUAUCAGUCUCCGUAUCCGCCUCCAGGAUAUCAGUCUCCGUAUCCGCCUCCAGGACAUCAGUCUCCGUCUCCAUAUCCAGGACAUCAGUCGCCGUCUCCAUAUCCAGGACAUCAGUCUCCGUCUCCAUAUCCAGGGUAUCUGUCUCCGCAUUCGGCUUCAGGGGGUUCAGGAAGCCAUAGCGGUGGGUCUGGAUAUCGGUCCCCGGCCCAGUAUGGUGGCUCGGUGUCACCAGUGCCAUCGAACUACUCGGUGAAUUCCGACUCGAACCCCAACAACAUAGGGGCCGAAUGGGAGGAUGUUAGUCCUUUGAACCACUAUCCGCCGAUCAACAGUGGAGGUAGCCAGCCAUUCUGUGCUCCCACGACCCUCUCUGUGCUAUUGCACAUGACGAUACAAGAUCUGCAGAUCGAGCUGCAAAGAUCCUCCAUAAACAUUCAGUUCGGCACGCGUGGACUGACUUGGCCCCAAAUUCGACAGAUUGGCUCGAUCUUCCAAGGAUUCGGCUAUCAUUCUUUCUGGCCCGAUUAUGCUUUUGGCGAUGCCACUGAGCAGCAAUUGCACCAGGCAUACGCGGCGUCGGGCACAUACCAGGAUGUGCAGAACAUUAUACUGGCAAAUCGAAAUAUCCGCGAAUUCGGGGUCAUUGCCACGACAACCACCGGUAUGUCUCACGCCAUUGUAGGGUUUGUUUCGGGGGGCCAAAUCCGCUUUCAGGAUUACUCAGUUUCAAAUGGCGCCAAUGUCACCCGCGAGUACGCCAAUGCACAGGCCAGGUUUAUCUCAAUCUUUUGGUUUAUAUAA